AUGGAAGAACUAAACGAUGUACAGGCUUUAGAAAAAAUAUCAAGCGAAGUUGACGAAUCUCAAAUAAAAGUUAUUCUUUCGAGUCAAUGCAUUAAAGCUCAAGCAUUUUUACUCGAUAAGUUGAAGAAACAGGCUGAACGCCACAAGGAGACCUGCGGCUUUAUCAGCAGCGCCAAUUUGAAACUAGAGGCCGAAAUCAAACAGGCAGAGUUGGAAAUAAACAGUAUGCAAAUAGCCCAAGAGACUAUUAAAUCUGGCAAUGUUGAAUUGAGGAAAGAAUUGCUUGUAACUAAAGUACGCAAGACAGACAUAAUUGAACGCGUAGAAGAGGGUAAAAAGAAGUACGAAAAUCUAUGGCAAGAAUGUAAAGCUAGGUACGAGAGCAUUCCAUUCGUUCAAAAGCUACUUGGUUCCGAGGAAAAGGUUCGGGCUCUUAAUAACGAUAUUGAAACUCUUGACAAAGAAACCAUAACACUUUUUGAGUCGAUGAAAAUUCAACGCCAAAAUUGUAUAACUUUGGACAAAAAACGUUGCAUUGAAUUAGCUAACUUUGUGAUCAAUGAAAUACCGAAUGUGAGAACUAUUAUCAACGAAAAAACUAAAAAUAUUAAUGAAAUAACAAAACAAAUUGAAAACAUUAGAAAGAAAAUGACUGCGAUAACAACAACAGUCGUGGAGCCAGGAAUUGAGGAUAAAAUUGAAAUUCAAACUAAAGAUUCAAUCAAAAAUGAAAACUUGGAUAAAAACGAUGAUGAUGCAUUGAUACCAAAAUUAGAACUGGCUAACUUAGACCUUGAUAUUAUGAAUAUUAACGUUGAACGGGCUAAAAUGAUGGACAUAGAAAUAUCCAAAAACAUACCAACAGGAACGGAUGCUACAGAUAUUUUGGGCAUUAAUGAUAUUAAACCAUACAAUGAUGACAGUAAAGCUUUUGAAUAUGUUAUUUCACCGUAUUUUAAUUCGUAUAAAGAUAAGGAAGCGCACAACUUCUCCAAGAGAAAGUUGAUUAAUAUCCUAGAAGAUGUUCACAUAAAUAACGAAGAAGUGUACAACAUUGUUAAAAAGGUUAAUCUAAAACAUCUUCGGACUAUUAAUGAGAUUCCUUUGGGUGAAAAUAAAAACGUUAGAGAAGAACAAACAGUUUCAAAGGAUAGGUCUACGCCGAUUGAGAGCGACAAUAUCGAAGAAGUGGAUAUUACACGUCCUAGUGCAGACGACAUUUUAAUACCACCAACACAAUUCUUGGAUAUCACAUUGACGGAUGGUCUACAAAAGAAGAGAGUAUCGUUUGAUAUUCCUUCAUCGGUUAAAAUAAAUGAAAUAAUAGAAGAUGUUGGUAAAAUAAUUAGUAAUGAGGAAAAUGACGUAAAAGAUCAAACUAUUAGUAGUCAAUUGGAUAAAGAUGAUGAGACAAUUGUUAAAUCAAAGUUUUUCCAAAAUGAAAACCUUGGGGCUAAUGAAGUUUCGGACGUAACAAUGGAUGUAGAUGAAGAAGCAGUUGCUUUGAAAAAUGAUUUACUACCCGCCGAAAAUUUAAAAAGUACGGAGGAAGUUAAUGUGAAAGAACAUAAUAUAGCAAUGGAUGUUGAUAACGUUGUAGUUUCCAGUCCGAAGGAGGAUAAGAAAAAUGAAAAACCACCUGUAUCUGAUAAAGCUGUGACUGGAUUGUUGUUUACUCAUGGAACACAAGCAAUACCUGAUUCACUGAACGCAUCUAUGAGCACAACUGGAUUUGAAGACUCAGACUUCCCACAUUGCAUUGGUAGGCUGAAAAUUAUUUGA